GCUACCGAGUUCCUUUUUCUCCGCCACAGCAGAGAUCCAGUCCCCUGUUCAAGACCUCUCCACAUUCUCACACAUUCACAGCAGUCUCUCUCGAGCGGGCGACAAUCGACCGAUCAAUCGAAUCACUGUCCGACGAAAUCGAACUCGCAAUCGGCGACCGUGUGAAUCUAGAGAAGCCGAAAUGGAGGUGACGGCGAGAGCGCCCGGCAAAAUCAUCCUCUCCGGCGAGCACGCGGUGGUCCACGGAUCGACCGCCGUGGCCGCUUCCAUCAAUCUCUACACCUACAUCACUCUCCGCAUCCCACCACCGUCCGCAGAGACGAAUGACACCCUUAUACUCCAACUCAAGGACAUAGGCUUAGAAUUUUCUUGGCCUAUUGGUAGAAUUAAAGAAGCACUUCCAGAAUCAAAUGGUCUCGACAGUUCAACCCCUGCGACAUGCUCUGGGAAAUUUGCAGAAUCCAUUUCUGCACUAGUUGAAGAACAAAAUAUUCCAGAGGCAAAACUUGCACUUGCAUCUGGGGUUUCAGCUUUCCUCUGGCUCUACACCUGUAUCCAAGGGUUUAAGCCUGCCACUGUGAUUAUCACUUCCGAGCUUCCUCUUGGUUCAGGCUUGGGAUCAUCUGCUGCAAUUUGUGUGGCGCUCUCAGCUGCUUUUCUUGCUUUCUCCAAAUCUUCGAGCUUGGACAAAGGCCAUCAAGGAUGGCUUGAUUUUGGGGAGAAUGAACUUGAAUUGUUGAACAAAUGGGCUUUUGAAGGCGAAAAGAUUAUUCAUGGAAAGCCAUCAGGAAUCGACAACACUGUGAGCACAUAUGGUAACAUGAUCAAGUUUAAGUCAGGAGGUUUGACGCGCAUCAAGUCCGCUGUUCCCCUUAGAAUGCUCAUUACCAACACAAAAGUGGGGAGAAACACGAAGGCUUUGGUUGCAGGUGUUUCUGAGAGGACCUUAAGACAUCCAGAUGCCAUGACUAGUGUGUUUAACGCUGUUGAUUCUAUCAGCAAAGAAUUGUCAACUAUAAUCCAAGCCCCCGCUCCUGAUGACAUUUCGGUAACAGAGAAGGAAGAGAAAAUAGGGGAGUUGAUGGAAAUGAAUCAAGGUUUGCUGCAGUGCAUGGGGGUCAGCCAUGCCUCAAUAGAGACAGUCUUGCGGACGACAUUAAAGUUCAAAUUAACCUCUAAACUAACCGGAGCUGGGGGCGGAGGCUGUGUUCUCACGUUGCUACCAACCUUGUUAUCAGGAACAGUUGUUGACAAAGUAAUUGCUGAAUUGGAGACUUGCGGAUUCCAAUGCUUGAUCGCUGGAAUUGGCGGGAAAGGGGCGCAAGUCUCUUUCUGCGGUUCUUCAUGAUCCCAUCUCACAGUGGCUAAAGAUGCAGAAAUUGCACGAACCCAUUGAACGAUUCGCCUUCCUUCUCCUGAGCUUCUUGUUGUACUUGUAUAUUAUGGUCUCUUGCCUUGUGUGUUUGGACUUUACCCGCACUCUUUAGUCUCGCUCCUCAUUGAUGUUGGAUCACACUAUGUUGCCGCAUAUCAAGUGUUCAAAUUUGGUUAACACGAGCAAUACAUUGCUCUUAAUUCGGCCCAAUAAGCCGAUCGGGCGAACCGCUUUUGCAAC